AUGAGGCCGGCCCAUCACCGGAAAGUGCUUUCCGAGGUGAAUUUCCGUCUGCCGGAGGAUCUACAUCUGGGAUCGGGCCCGUCCGACGCGCCAGCGGGAAGUGUGGAGGAGAUGGGAUCGGAGGAUGAUCUGUUUUCUACUUACAUGGAUAUGGAGAAGCUCGGUGCUGGAGGCGGAUCUGAGAUUAAUGACUCUGUUUUCGACAAUGUGGGUGGUGGAAGUGGUGGUUCUGGAGGUGGAGAGGGCGGCAGUGAGGAGAAGAGUGGCGGUGGUGUUGCUAGGCCGAGGCAUAGGCAUAGUAACUCGGUCGAUAGUUCGAAUCUUGUGUUUUCUGAAAGUGGUAUUGAAGCCAAGAAGGCCAUGGCUCCUGAUAAGCUUGCUGAGUUGUGGAGCGUUGACCCUAAACGCGCCAAAAGGAUACUGGCAAAUCGACAAUCUGCUGCUCGAUCAAAAGAGAGAAAAGCCCGUUAUAUCUCCGAGCUUGAGAGAAAAGUUCAGACCCUUCAAACAGAAGCAACAACUCUUUCUGCACAAGUAACAUUGUACCAGCGAGAUACAGCAGGGCUUAGUAAUGACAACACAGAGCUUAAGCUUCAGUUACAAGCCAUGGAACAGCAAGCUCAGUUACGUGAUGCUCUAAAUGAAGCAUUGAAGCAGGAAGUUGAAAGACUAAGAAUUGCCACUGGAGAAAUAUCGGCCCCUUCAGAGAUAUUCAAUUUGGCAAUGCAGCAUAUUCCAUUCAACCAGUCCACUUUUUUCUCACAGCAGCAUCAGGCAGCGCCAAACGAUUCCCAGAAUAUACAAAUGCCACAGUUACAUUACCAUCAGGUUGGAAUGUCAACUCAACAGCACCCCAUAUUUGUGUCAGCUCAUGGACAGGGUAUCUCGGACUCACUGCAACAGGAUCCUCUUGGUCGUUUUCAGGGUCUUGAUAUCAGUAGUGGGGGCUCUCAUUUUGUAAAGUCUGAAUGCCCUUCUAUUUCAGCCAGUGAAAGUAGUAGUACAUUCUGA